AGUCCGUCUCAGUACAGUCGCCUCUCAAGCACUACACGAUGAUGUCCAAGACGAUUAUCGCCACCUUAGCCGUGGUCCUUUUGGGGAUAGUAGCAGCUGAUCCUGUUGCUGAACCGGAAGCCAAAGCUGAUCCUGGAUUCCACAGUGGAUUCCACAGAGGCUUCGGAGGAUUUGGAGGAUUUGGUGGAUUUGGUGGCCAUGGAUUCGGUGGACAUGGAUUCGGAUAUGGAGGCUACCGUGGAAAGAGGAGCCCAGUAGCUGAGCCUGAAGCUGAAGCCGAUCCAGGUCACUUUGGAGGAUUCCACCGUGGAUUCGGAGGAUUCGGAGGAUUUGGAGGAUUUGGUGGAUUUGGAGGCCACGGAUUCGGAUAUGGUGGCUACCGUGGAAAGAGGAGCCCAGUAGCUGAACCCGAACCCGAAGCUGAGCCUGGAUUCGUUCACGGUGGAUUCCAUCGAGGAUUUGGAGGAUUUGGAGGAUUUGGAGGACAUGGUGGAUUCGGACAUUUCGGGGGAGGCAGAUAUUAUGGUUAAUACCAAAAUGUAAUACUACUUCGAAUUUUAAUACGAAUCUAAAUAAAAAAAUACUAUAAUAA